AUGUAUGCCUUCGACGUGGUAUUUCUUAUUACCGCUUCCGUAUCGACAUUGGUGGCCGCCCUGCGUGUACAUGCUGUAAGCGGACGCAACUGGCGCUGGGUACUGCCGGUCUGGCUCCUUGGCAUGGUCCCCGUUGGCAUCAACAUAGUCAGUACAUGGAGUAUGACAAGUCGUGAUCGUCCCUCGCGCAUCCGUCGUCGCCUCGGACAUACUUGUGAUCUCCGCAACAUGGUACUACAUUGGUCGUACAAGCUCUGUAAGAUCACAAUUGAUAUAUAUAUAUUCUUAGACGAUGGUACUUAUUUCAUGUACAGCAUCAUCUCGCUGCUCAACACUGUCGACCUCACCAUGAAUGCGAUUAAUAACACUCGCUUUCACUCCUCCACGAUAGAUAUAACGAUCUUAAUUACUGCGAUGUCGAGCAUUCUGAUCUCCCGCUUCCUCAUUUGCAUCCGCGAAGCCGCGGAGCGCACAACACAGGAAUUCAGCUCCCCAUCCUUCGUUGACUCGCAAGGCAAAUCUUCUCCACAAGCGUGGCUUUCCAGCGCAGAAUUUGCUGCUGAUAUCGACAACCCCUCUGCGGGAGAUAGUAACGCGGAUGCUUUCUCCGAUCUCGACGAUGAUCUGAAUUCAAGAGGCGAGGAUGAUGCGGGAGAGGUGGAAAGUAAUGAGAUAGAGUUCGAGGAAUACGCAGCCUCAGCCUCUUCCAUAGAUGCACGCUCAUCAUGA